AAAGCCAGUACCACUCCUCCGAACUCAUACGUUUUAGCUUCAAAUUGCGCUUCUUGUUCCGACGUUGGGAAGGGCACUGAAGAAAAGAACUGUGUUUUUUGCAAGAUUAUUCGAGGGGAAGCAACGGCUUUGAAGCUGGUUAGUGCUGGUGUUGCGGAGACGAAGGUGCAGCAGAAGUGGUGUGAAGAAGAAAGGGGUAAAAUUGAUAUUUUAGAAGAAAAACAAGAUUACAUCAUCACUUUUUUGUCAGUAACGGUUUGCCGUGUGGUGGUGUUGCGGAGAUUAAGGUGCAUCAGAAGUGGUGUGAAGAAGAAAGGGGUUGUGGAAAAUGGAUAUGAGUUUUUUGCUGGUAGGCAACUUGUAACCAUAUUUUCAGCCCCAAAUUACUGUGGAACGUUUGACAACACUGGUGCCAUGAUGAGUGUAGAUGUGAGUUUGAUGUGCUCUUUCCAAAUUCUGAAGCCUGCCAAAAAGAAGCCAAAGUUUUGUUUUGGGAGCACAACUUCAGCAAAUCCAGGGACCCCUUCUACAAAAACCAACCUCUGUUCAUCCAACUAUGACCAGAUGAUAUGUUGGAUUCUAAAAUUAUUCUAUCUUGUCUAUUACUUAUUCAGGACACGUAGGCUGGAUAUUCUUUAAAGAGAAGUGGAACUAUAGUUCAAUGACCAGGGAUAAAAAUAUUUGGGUGAGAACUAGCGGAAGGGUAGUGUCAGUUAAGCAUGAGGUCAUUCAUUACUAGAAAGGCUUAUAGCCUGCAUAUUUGAGUGGAUGAUAUAUUGGUUAUUAAACAACAGAAUGUCAUGCGAGUACAAUGAAGUAUUGUGGAUGAGUAGAG